AUGGACCAGCUCACCCGUCAUCUACUUGACAAAGAAGUCAAGAAGUUCAUCAACUCGAUCGAGCCAUCUUUGGUCUGCAAAUUAGCCUCCUCCUUACACCCUGAAAAGAAGCCAUGCCAUGUCUUCUCAGAUCCACAGAAAGGGAGCUAUAAUAUCUGUUUUCCGGUUGUUUUUACAGACUCAGAGGACCAGAUUUCCGAUGUUGAGUCAACUCAAAGUGCUGAACGAUGGAUGAUCCGAAUCCCCCUACUACCGCGUCUUGCUUUUCCUGAGGAAAAGAUGCGUGGCGAGAUUGCAACAAUGAAGUACAUUGCUGAGAAAACCACUAUCCCGAUCCCACAUCUUUUCAAAUAUUCCAUCAACAGAGAUAACAUUCUUAAUCUUCCCUUUAUGGCCUUGGAGUACAUCGCAGGCAAGACUCUUCAUGGAAUUGAUGUGCCAUGUCUUCCUGAUGAGUUGAAGUCACAUCUGUUUGAUCAGCUUGCUGAUGUCUAUAUUCAACUCUAUCACCAGCAGUUUGAUCAUGUUGGUGCUCUCACACUAGACAGCAAUGACAACUGGGUUUUUCAGCAUAACCGCCCGCUCACCAUUGAGCUGAAUGAUCAGGAGCUCAGUGGGAUGAAAAGCUCUGAGAUUAUCCCUGCUCAUCAAACCUACAAUUCCACCAUUGAUUAUGUCUAUGCUGUCUUAAAAUUGAUUUUCAAUGAUUUUUACCAUGGGAAGGAUAGUGUUUUCAACAAGGAGGAUGCACGGAACUACCUAUAUGGCAUAUUUGCAUCUCAGGGUAUUGUGAUGGAAUGGGUAGACCCAAAGGACAACCAUGGGCCAUUCAUCCUCAUGCAUGGGGAUCUUCGACCACCUAAUGUCUUUGUGGAUGCUGAUUUGAACAUCAUCUCAAUCAUUGAUUGGGAAUGGAGUCACACAGUUCCACCACAAAUGUUUGUCCCGCCAUCCUGGAUUACAGGCCAGGAGCUCCCAGCUGCCACUAAAAAGCCCUAUGACUUUGCUUUUACAGUAUAUGUUUCCCAAUUCCAGCGAGCCGCGAGAGAGUGGGAGGACAAACAUUAUAAUCCAGAUAAAAAGCUGAAGUUUAUUCUUCCUCUGGUCAAACUUUGGAGCAAGCAUCUCAUGUCAGAUACCUUUUUCAUUGCCUACGCACUUUUAAAACCAUGUUAUUUUGGGAAUGUCUACUGGAAUUUGUUGGACAACAUGUACUAUGGAGAAGACAGUGACAAAAGAGUGGAGAGCUUCUUUAAACUGCGGAAGAAACAAGAGGAAGAAUUGCAGAGAGUGCUGUCUAACCUUGAGGAUUUUGAGAAGGAAUUAGCACUGGAAGGAUUAGACCCGCUUAAACCCCCUACGCUUGACCCAGCCAAAGGGAAAGAGGUUGCUGCUAUACAUCAAGUAUGGAGGAAACCCAAUCUUGAAAGGAUCGUUGGCCUAUUCCGUCGUUGGCUACCCUGCUCGCUGGUGGGUGUCAGUGUCUUUGUCUGCUGCAUCAUCGUCAAACGGCGGCGAUAA